AUGGUUGAUGCAGCUCUAAUCAGUGGUUUGCUUUCAAACUUGAUACCUCUGAUUAAGGAUGAAUUCAAGUUGAUUUUGAGUUUUAAGAAGGAGGUUGAAAAGCUAUCCAGCACGCUAUCUACAAUUAAGGCCGUACUUGAGGAUGCUGAGAGAAAGAACGUGCGGGAGAAGGACAAACAAACGGAAGAUUGGUUGCGGAAACUCAAAGAUGUAGCGUAUGAGGUUCGAGACAUUAUGGAUGAGUGCAUAUUUGAAGAUCUUCGUCUUCAAGUCAACAGACUUAAUGCCUCCUCUUCAACCCGGAUCCAGGUAACCAACUUUAUCACCCAUCAUUUUAUCAAUAAUAAGACGCGUCUCAAAAUUGGUCACAAAAUUAAGGAUGUUCAAGAGAAACUAGACCAAAUUUCUUCCGAACGACAAAUGUUACAUAUGCGUGACUCAAAAAUAAUAGACAAGUUGACUAGUAGCUGUCGUGAAACCAUGUCUCUUUCUAGUUGUACUACAGUAUAUGGAAGAGAUGUGGAAAAGAAAAGGAUUAUUGAUAUUCUAGUCAAUACAUCUAGUGUUAAUGUUGCCAAAAAACUAUCUGUUCUUCCCAUUGUUGGAAUUGGGGGUCUUGGUAAAACAACACUUGCCCAAAUGAUCUUCAAUGACGAGAAGGUUUCAAAUCAUUUUAAUACUAAAAUCUGGGUUUGUGUUUCUGAUGAAUUUGAUAUUAAGUUGGUCAUCAAAGCAAUCAUAGGAACAAAUAAUGAAACUUCCUUGGAGAUAUUGCAGCAAAUGAUUCAAGAUAAAUUGAGAGGGAAAAGAUAUUUGAUUGUAUUGGAUGAUGUUUGGAAUGAAAACGAAGAUGCAUGGAAUCAGUUGAGAUCUAUAUUAGAUUGUGGAUCAAAUGGUGCGUUCAUCAUUACCACGACACGUAAAAGAAAUGUGGCAAAAAUCAUGGAAACUGUUCAGCAUUUUGAGUUAUCAUCUCUAUCUGAAAAUGAUUGUUUGUUAUUAUUCGAGGAACGUGCAUUUGUGCAUGGAAAAUCAAAAGCUCCAAACUUUAUUAAGAUUGGUAAAGAAAUAGCUAGAAAAUGUAAGGGUGUUCCCUUAAUUGCAAAGACAUUGGGAAGUCAACUGUGGUUCAAAGAUGACGAAAAAGAAUGGUGCAGAAUAAGAGAUAGCGAGAUAUGGGAGAUAUCCCAAGAUGAAGAAUCUAAUCUCUUGUCUAUUCUAAGGUUGAGUUACUAUGACCUCCCUUAUCAUUUGAGAAGAUGCUUUGUGUUUUGUGCUAUAUUUCCCAAAGAUACUGAAAUUAAAAAGGAGAUAUUAAUUCAAUUGUGGAUGGCCCAUGGAUUAAUACUUACAGUUAAAAACCAAGAAGUUGAAGAGAUUGGGAAUACAAUUUGGAAGGAGUUGUGUUGGAGAUCCUUUUUUCAAGAUGAAAAAGAGGGAGUAAGAUGGCCAUGGGAUGAUAGAGUUUAUACAACAUGUAAGAUGCACGAUCUUAUGCACGAUCUUGCCCAUUCUAUUAUUAAAGAUGAAUGUUAUACUAUGGAUGCUAAGAGCUCAAGUGAUGGUUUAGGACGACAAAUUCGUCAUGUUACAGUAAUGGUAGACGAGUUAGACAAAACAUCAGUUUGUUCUCUUAAGAAAAUUGGAGGGCUGCAAUCAAUAAUGUUCAAAAGCAGAGUUUAUAGUAAAGUCACAAAGGAGAUUUUGAUUGUCUUGAAGGAAAUUCCCUCUUUACGUGUUCUUGAAGUAAGCCUUGAUGUGCAAUAUCAAGAUUUGCAUUAUGUGAAAUGUCUAAAACAUCUUAGAUACUUGGACAUUUCCAAUAGCAAGAUAACAACAUUGCCUAAUAGUAUUUGUGAUCUUUUAAACUUACAAACUCUGAAACUCAAUUAUUGUUCUAAGCUUGAAAGUUUGUCUAGAAAUACGAGGAAUCUUAUUAACUUGAGACAUCUUUAUUUGGAGGGUUGUAAUGGUUUAAGUUAUAUGCCUAGAGGGAUGAGGCAAUUGAAACAUCUCAAGACGUUAAGCUUGCUUGUGAUAGGCAGGGAGGAGAGAGACUGUCAACUAGAUGAAAUAAAAGAAUUGGAUAUUGGCGGAUAUUUGAAAAUUAAGAACAUUGGAAAAGUUAGUGAUGCAUCUAUUACAAGAGGGAUAAGUAUGGCUAAAAAGUCGAGUAUCAAUGAGUUGGAGUUGGAAUGGACAUCAAAGAAUGAAGUUGAUGAUAAUCAGACCAAAACUAGACAUGAGAAAAUAGGUGAAGCUCUAGAGGUUUCAACUGCGAGGCUGAAGAUAUUGAAAAUGAGUGAUUACAAAGGUGUGAAUCUCCCUAAAUGGGUGGGAAAGUCAUCUUCUUCUCUAACAUUCCUUGAGAUUAAGGGCUCGGACAAUGUGAAUACUAUUGUUAGUAGUAGUGAUGACAAUGAAAUGAUAGUACUAUUCCCUUUGUUAGAGAAACUUGUUAUUGAAAGCUUGAAGAAUUUGAGGCAAUUGGUGUCUGGUAGUGGUAGGAGUACUGUAGCAUUCCCUAAUCUAUGCAAUCUGAAGAUAUUUAAUUGCCCAAAGCUAGGGAAGUUGCCACCACAUCUCAAAGCACUCAAAGAUGUAACUGUUUCCGGUGAAUGUUCGGAUGAAUUGUUAUAUAGCAUCUUGAAUCUUAAUGGUCUCACUCGUCUCGAACUAUGGUCAUUGAAUAAUAAUGUGGAUCACAUAUUCCUUGUCAACAACAUUAAUGGAAUUGAAGUAGUGUUAUUCCCUUUGCUAAAGGAAUUUUUUAUUUAUUGCAUGAAGAAUUUGAGGGAAUUGGUGUUUCCUACUAUUUCUAGUGCCGGAGCAUUCCCUAAUCUAUCACAGAUUCAGAUAUCUUGUUGCCCAAAGCUAGGGGCCUUGCCACCUCAUCUCAAAGCACUCAAAUAUGUAAGUGUUUGGGAUGAAUGUUCUGAUGAGUUGUUAGAUAGCAUUUCAAAUCUUAGUGCUCUCACUCAUCUCACUCUUCAGUCUAUGAAAGAAAGAAGUGUUUUAUUUCGAGCGGAUAAGUCAUUAAUGUUUGAUGAGAUACCAUCAUCAUCAACCCUUGAAGACAAUAAUGAAGUACAAUUUGGAGUACGCUUAACUUUCCAAUCUCUUCGAUCUCUGACUAUUGUGAAUUGCCGCAAGUUAAGGCGUUUGUUUGAUGAGGGAAUGAUAAGGCAAGAUACAUUAAACAUUAUUGGCUGCGAGAACCAACAAAAGCAUCAUCUUCAAGGACAAACAAACCUCAUGAACUCUCUCACGGAAUUGACUAUUCUUAAUUGUCCCGAGUUGACGAUAUCACUUGAGGAAUUUGAAAACCUCGAUAUUGUUAAUUCACUACAGAGAUUGUGGAUUGAUACUUGUCCUAAGUUGGUGUCUUCAGAAGAAGUAGACGAUGUUAUCGCACUUCUACGUUCCCUUAAAACAAGAAUUGGUCGUGAGAAGUUCUCAUUAGAUAUUCUAUUGUAA